AUGUCUUCUCGGACGCCGCUCUGGCUCGACUGUGACACGGGACACGAUGACGCAUACGCCCUCCUCCUCAGCGCGCACGACCCGCGCAUCGAGCUGCUGGGCGUCAGCACCGUCCACGGCAACGCCGCCCUCGACCAGACGACGUUCAACACGCGCGCCGUACUCGAGGCCCUCGGCCGCCGCGACGUCGCCGUCUACUCGGGCGCCGCGAAGCCACUGGUGCGCGACGCAGUGCACGCAGCCGACAUCCACGGCGAGAGCGGGCUGGGCGGCGUGACGUUGCUGCCGCCGCCCGUCGCGCCCGCGGCCACCGACGUCGACCACCUCGCGGCCAUGCACCGCGCGCUCGCUGCGACGGCGCCCGACACGGCCUGGCUGGUGUCGACGGGCACGCUGACCAACGCGGCGCUGCUGUUCCAGAGGUUCCCCGACCUGGCGGGCCACAUCAAGGGGCUGAGCAUCAUGGGCGGCGCCGUCGGCGGCGGCUUCACCGAUGCGCCCAUGGGCAAGGUCAAGGGCGAGCGCGAGGGCGAGCGCUUCGGCAACUGGACCGCGUACGCCGAGUUCAACAUUUACUGCGACCCCGAGGCGGCUCGCUUCAUCUUCGCGCAGCCGAGGCUCCGCGCAAAGACGACCCUGAUCCCGCUCGACCUCAGCCACCAGGUGCUCGGCACGCGCGCAGUCCACAAGACACCGCGCGACCCGACAGACAAUGCACCGCGCGACCCGUCAGCGCUGCGCGCCUUGUUUGCGCAGACCAUGUCCUUCUUCGCCGGGACAUAUGCAGACGUCUUCUCCAUCACCGCGGGGCCGCCGCUGCACGACCCGCUCGCCGUCGCCGCGGCCGUGUACGCCGAACUCUUCUCCGACAGCGACGGCGAGCGGUUCCGCGUCGACGUCGUCACCGACGGCGUGCACUCGCCCGUGCCGUCGGAAGUGGGCCAGCUCGGCCGGACUCGCGUCGCUGUGCUGGCGCCGGGCGAGGGCGGCUGCAGGAUUCCGCGACGCGUCGACGUCGAUGCGUUUUGGCGGCUGACUGAGGAUGCGCUGCAGCGGGCUGAUGCCGUUAGUCCGAUGCCGCACAUGUCGCGGGGCGAGCUGGAGAAGCACGGCGUGUUUGUGGGCAUCGAUUGA